UAGAAUUGAACGUGAUUAAUAUAUGUUGUGAUUAUAACAUUAUUGUAUUGUUGCUAAAUUGAAAACCAUAAAUUAUUUGAAAUUAUGUCAAAAUUCAAUCCGUAUGAACACCUUAAGGUCUCACUGAAUGACGAUGGAACGUUGCAUCGUUACAAUAAAAUGGCUCAUAUACCACCAAAUCUCAACCCUGGCAAGGCAGAAGCAGUGGCAUCCAAAGAUAUCACAAUAGACAUGGAAAAGAAUAUAUGGGUUAGAGUUUAUUGUCCAACCAACUUACCAUCAAAUGAUGAUGGAUGUGUUGCUAAACUUCCCAUCAUAGUUUUCUUUCAUGGUGGAGGAUGGAUUGAUCAUGGUGUGGCUGAUAUUUUCUGUCAUGAAAGUUGUGUUCAAUUUGCACGUGAUAUGCCCGCUAUAAUUAUAUCUUUAGAAUAUCGAUUAUCCCCAGAGCAUAAACUACCAGCACAAUAUGAAGACGCAAUGGAUACAGUGUUAUGGAUUCGACAACAAAUGUUAGAUCCCAACGGUGAACAAUGGUUGAAAGAAUAUGGAGACUUUUCAAGGUGUUAUUUAGGGGGAAGGGGGAAUGGCGGUAACAUGGCAUAUAAUGCAUGCAUUAGGGCUGCCGAUGUUGAUAUUAGCCCUUUAAAAAUAUCCGGGAUAAUCCUAAACCAACCUAUGUUUAGUGGAAAUCAUAGGACUAAAUCUGAGUUAAAGUAUGCAUGUGAUGAGUUAUAUCCAUUGCCAGUUUGGGAUUUAAUGUGGGAAUUGGCAUUGCCUAAAGGGACAGACAGAGAUCAUAGGUAUUGUAACCCUAUUAAGGAUCCUGCCUUAAAAAGUAAGAUUGCCAAAAUAGGAAGGUGUUUGGUGAUUGGAUAUAGUAUGGAUCCAAUGGUUGAUAGACAACAAGAAUUUGUUGCAAUGUUAUUGGGUGGUGGUGCUAAAGUUCAUGCUCAUUUUGAUGUUGGGUUUCAUGGGGUUGAUUUGAUUGAUUCUAAACGAAGUUCUUACAAUUUGCAACUAAUCAAGGAUUUUGUUUAUUAAUUGCAUUAUUUUUCUUCUUGUUUAAUACAUACAAGAUUCAUUUUAUUUUGUAUUUAAGUGUAUGGUGUAUAUCAUUUAGUCGAUUUAGGCAUGAGGUUGGCGACAUUUGCCAAAUUCUAGUGUGGAGUUUCUCUCAUGGUAUUGGUAAAUGGUUCUUUCAGGAGAAAGUUUUCCUCCAUAGAGCAUUGAUGUAUUUUGCUCCCUUUGUUUAUACUAUAUAUUUCACAAUAAUAAUACAGAUGUUUCCUUUUCAAUUA